AUGAAAAUGGUCUACAUAUUUAUUCUUCUUCAAAUUACUGCUAUAAUUAGUGAGUUUGAAAAAAAACGAAUAUUUUUAUUUUAAAGACACAAGAAACACUGGAAAAAACAGAUUUCCCGCAUUUAUUUUCAAACGACAAAACCAGCAUGUGCGCUCUAGCGACACACUGUGUGCACACACUUUCGAAAUUUCCGUCGGCUGAGCGAUUUCAAAAACAAUUAUUUUAUUUUUUCACUUUUGCUAGUCUCAAAAUUUUUUCUUGAUUUUCAUGAAUUUCGAUUACUUGAAAGGUGUUGAGAAUGAAUAACAAACUCAUUUUCUGCUGAUUUCUAGGUGCUCUUGUGUCUUUAAAUUUCAAUUUUCAGCUGCGCCAAAUGAGCAAAAUUGCACAGAUACUGGAAUUAUAUCGAAAAUCAAAACUCUUCCCGAUCAAGAAAUUGACGAAUAUUUCAAUCUGAUUUAUCCUAUGAAGUUUUACUGUCGUAAGUUUUCAAAGGAUUUCGUUCCAAAAAAAACAACAACUUUUCAGCCAAACCCAUCGGAUUUCACUGUUUUGAUUUUAUCAAGAAACAAAAACCAGAGACAAUCCCCCGUUUUUGUCUACCUAGGACGAUUUUUGACAAUCGUUUCAAAAUAUGUAAGAAAAAUGCGGAUUGUGGAGAUAGAGGAUUUUGCCAAAAAUUUAUAAGCUACGAUAUUGAUCCGAAGAAUAAAUCAAAAUUUGCGUUGAAAAUUCAGAAUACGAGUUUUUGUUAUCAACGUUAGUUUCAAGAAUUUUUUUUUGAUAGACCUGCUGAUCAUUUUUUGAUUUUUUGCAGAACCAUUUGUCACAAAUGAAACAAAAACGAGAUUAUUGAUUGAUAAAAAAAAACUUGGAUUCUCGAUUUGCAACAAAACUUCCGAUUGUAAACCAACAAAAUUUGGAUCAAUUUGUGAUAAAAACCCAAAAUAUGCGGAAGAAUUCGGAAAACUAUUAUUUGAUGGAUUUUGUGUUGAGAAGAUUUGCGGUGGAAAACAUGAAUUUAAUGAAACUUAUGAAGCUUUAAAUGGUUAUGAAACAUGUAAGGCUGGAAUCAAAUAUAAUAUUACGCAUUUUGAUAAAAUUCAUUAUCGGUGAGCAUUUUUGGGUCUGAAAUAUUGAUUUGUAAUGGCUGCACUCUCUCUAAUCAAAAACAUUUUCAGUCCAAAAUGCAUCGAAGGAAUUCUUUGCUAUCGAAAAGUCGAAUGCACACGUGGAACAGUGUUCAAUGAAGAACAACAAUGUGGUCCGAAUUCCAAACCAAAUCCAUUAUUAUUUUGUAAUAAUGGCAAGAAAAAAGGUCCGAAUUGGUGUGAUUUUGAGACGAAUCAAUGUUGUGAAGACGAAAUUAUUGGACAUUGUCCAUAUGGAAUUGUUGAGAAUAGAUCUUUUCGAUAUUUUCAACCAAAAUGUAAAAGUGAUAGGGAUUGUAAAAAUGGAUUUUUCUGCGCCAGUGAAGGAUAUUGUUGUGAGAAUAGUGGGUUUUUCUUUUUACAUUUGGAGUGAACCGCAAGCUUCCUGGAAGCAGCGAAGUUACCCUAACCUUUUUGGCAAAUCUAGAAAGUUAGGGUAACUUUUCCGCUGCGCGGAAGCUGGCGGUCUCCCUUCGCUCGAAGGGCCUUUGAAAAUCUUUCUUUCCAGUUCAAUACCCGGAAGCCGAAGGCCCACCAAUAUCAUUCUAUCUGGUCCCAGCUAUUAUGAUUGCUUUUAUUGUUGGCGGAUUGGCGUUUUUGAUUUUCUACAAGUUCGAGGAAGUUGAAGAUUUAUAG